AUGCAGCCCCGGCCGAACGAACAAAGGUCGUCGAUCAAGUUCGCGACGCGUGCAUCAGAGCCGGAUUCUUCUACGGUGUGCAAUUGGCCUCUCAUCAGUCCGUGGACUACUGCGGGAGCUGCGGAUACAGUGAAGAACCAUGGUAUCCCGGAAGACAAGAUAACCGCCGCACUGGAUGCUAUGAAGGCAUACUUCGCUCUCCCUCUAGAGGAGAAGAUGAAGUUAGAUAACAAGACCACACCCAACUUCAAAGGGUAUAACGCUGUUUUCAGCGGUCAACACGAUCCCUUGAGUCAAAAGGAUAUGCACGAAGGGUUUGAGUUUGGUUACGAAGAUCUGAAUGGAUCUGGUCACGUUCCAGAGAAGGACAGUGCUAUGGCUGGUGCCAAUGUAUGGCCGGAGUCACCCGCUGGCUUCAGGGAGGCCCUACUCGACUACUACCAUGCAGCUGUAAACUUGGGCCGCUCGAUGUUCCCGCUGUUUGCACAGGCGUUGGAGCUGCCCGAAGACUUCUUCGAGGCCAAGACACGGAACUCGGCCGCUCUUAUGCGUGUACUCCAUUACCCUCCUCAAACCGGACCAGUCGAUGAUGGAAGCGUGGGAAUUGGUGCGCAUACAGACUGGCAGGUCUUCACCAUCUUGUGGCAAGAACCUGGCAUUCAAGCCCUGCAAGUCCUGAAUGGCGACAAGAAGUGGAUCGCAGCACCACCAAUUCCGGGGACCUUGGUGAUCAACUUGGGAGAUCAGCUAGAGAGGUGGACGAACGGCGUCUUCAAGUCGACCGUGCAUCGUGCGAUCAAUCGCAGCGGCGUGCGUCGCUACUCAAUUCCAUUGUUCUUUGGUGUGGACUACGAUGUCCGCCUCGAGCCGGUUGCAAGCUGCGUGAGCGAGGGCCGGCCACCGAAGUACGAGGUCGUGACAGCUGGAGACUACAUCAAGCAGCGCUUCGAGGCCACGUACAAAAACGGCGGAAAAUCCUAUUGA